AUGCCGGAGCUCUACGGCUGGGGCUCCAACGUGCACGGGCAGCUAGCACGCCCGCUCCGAGACGUUUGUGCUCGUGAAAUAGUGCACAUUGCGCCAGCAUCCGCGAUCCUGGCUGUGAGUGCAACGCAGGUCGUGUUUCGCGACCAUGACCAGGCCUUUGUGCUGGGUGUGACACGCACCAAGGCCAUGGGACGUGCGAUUGGGCAAGAUGAAAUCCUGGCGUACCUGAAUCGUGGCCACGUCUACUUCCCCGACGGAACGAGAGCCGAAGCGCGCUGUACAUGGCGCGAUGCAGCGGCCGACCUCACUGGGCGUAUUCUUGCCUUGUCUGAACGCGGCGAUCCGUGGCUCUUUUCGACGGUCGGCGCGUGGCUUGCAAGCGAUGGGACGGAGAAGACGAAAGGGAUGCUCCUCUCUGCGCACGGCGCACAGACCGCUCCGGCGUUUCGUCGCGUGGACGCCGGCGUACGCACCAAGGAUGGCGACUGCUACGGUUGGGGCUGGAUUCCCGAUGCGGACGGCGCGAUCCAGCCUCCGUUCCUGCUGGACCUCCCGACAGACGUCGCUGCUGUGGCGUGCGGCGCCUCGAACACCUAUUUCCUCCUGACGGACAAUACACUGUGGGGCAUUGGAAGCAAUGAGCACGGUGAACUGGGCCCGAACGCCGCGCCCCUCGCCUGGCACACCGAGCUGCAGCGUAUCGAGCUUGCUGGAGCAGUCCGACACGUUGCCGCAUCGCAGUGGACGUGUUACGCGCUGGUCAACGAAUAG